AAGAAAUAGAAAUAAGCAAAGGAAAAGGAAUGGUAAGGCUAUUUUAACGGCCUAAAGCAAAUUAGAUCCUCUCAAAACAUGGUUUAACAACAGAAAUUCAUAACAAACAUAUAAAAUAGCUAUGCAUGAUUAUAUAUAAAUAUCGAAAAAGGCACAAGGCCAAGUUUGUAUUGUUGUGCCGAGGCAGAAAUGGCUUUAACUUUGAGAGCCGUAGCUGCUACAUUAAUAUUGUCAUUGCUAUUAGCUAAUGCAUUAGUUGAUGCAAAAUACAUACACACUGUUCACCACGCUAUCGGUCGACGACAAGGCCACCCUGUUCGUAGCUCCGAUAGUUUCGCGGUGGAUACUCGUGCUAUCAAUUACGGGGCCAUUGAACCGCAACAACCUUUCUGUACUGAAGGGAAGAAGGGCAAUUGCAUUACAAUCCGCGGUCCUAAGCCUCCUCCGAGACCUUGCAGUUACUACAAUCGUUGUAACCGAGGCGGCAACCGAGGCGGCAAAUGAUCCAUUCUCAACAUCAGCGAUCUGAUUAAUAUCGGUAUCUAGUUUACUUGUAAGAGUGAAAUUAGCAAUUGCAAAUAUUGAACAGCUGAAUCAACAAUGGUUCUUUUAUUGUAAUUUAACUAGUCAUCAUCAAAUUUAUAUUUGAUGAUGAUUGUACUCCAACAAGGUUCAUCAGAAUUAAUUUGAUGAGUUCGUGUCUCUUUUUGACACACUCUUUUAUCAAAUUAGAUGACUUUUUUUUGUAUCACAUAAUUAAUAUUCACAAUAUUUUAUUAUUUGGUUAA